AUGCCUGCCAACCGAAGUUGGAUGAAGGCGCACCGGCGCUCUGCAGAGUUUCGAAGUGGCGUUGACGAGUUCGUUGCGGUAGCAACGAACCACGUGAAUGCUGACGGAUUAGCUCGAUGCCCAUGCAUGCGGUGUUUGAAUGUGAAUUUCCACACACCUGCAACUAUAAGGGUUCAUUUAUUUCUCAGCGGGUUCCAACCUUCGUACAACCCCUGGUAUUUCUACGGGGAGACUUUCUCUCAGCCCGCAGUUGAACUUCUUGAAAAUGACGAAGAGGAAAUGGCAGAUGUGUUGGCGGACAUGUUAAGAGGGGACCCUGGGUUUGACGAAUCUGCUAACACUACUGAUUCUUUCAAUGAACCCCCUAUCAACGACAACAACAAGUUCGAUGACUUGUUUAAGGAGAUGGAGGCUGAGUUAUAUCCAGGUUGCAAAAAAUCAGCCCUUAAUGCACUGGUAAAGCUUAUGCACUGCAAGGUUUUGAAUAGGUGGAGCAACCACUCUUUCGAUAUGUUGCUGUCCAUAUUGAUUGAUCUAUUUCCAGAGGGGACAAAAUUACCGAAGUCGCAUUAUGAGUCGAAGAUGCGAUUGCGCAAUCUAGGUUUGGGUUACGACUCAAUAGAUGUGUGCAAGUAUAAUUGUGCUAUUUUCUGGAAGGAGAAUGAGAAAAAGGAGUUUUGCCCUGUAUGUGGCGAAUCACGAUGGGUGAAAAGAAAGGGUAAGGGGAAAAAAGUUCCUCACAAAGUUAUGCGUUACUUUCCACUCACACCUAGGCUGAAACGAUUAUAUUGCUCAAGACACACUGCGGAGGAUAUGCGGUGGCAUUACUCGCAGAGACCAAAAGAAGACGGUGUGCUUAGGCAUCCUGCGGAUGCUGAAGAAUGGAAGCAGUUUGACCGCCUUCAUCCGUCUUUUGCUGUUGAACCUAGAAAUGUCAGACUGGGAUUGGCGACUCACGGCCCAUCAUCUCCUGGGAAAGACAUAGAUGUAUUCAUGAGACCGUUAAUUGAUGAACUGAAACAGUUGUGGGCGACGGGUGUUCAAACCCGAGAUGCCUACAACGGAACUGUGUUUUCAAUGCGUGCGGCAGUGUUGUGGACAAUAAAUGACUUUCCUGCUUAUGCUCUAAUGUCUGGUUGGAGCACAAAAGGGUAUAUGGCGUGUCCCACUUGCAAUGAACAUACUCCUUCCAUUGGCCUAAAUAGUAAGAUUGGAUAUGUUGGCCACAGACGCUUUCUCGAAAUGAGUGAUCCGAGAAGGAGAAGCAAAAAGUACAAUGGUAAGCCUGAGAAGAGAGCACCACCUCCUGUAUUGACGGGGGAUGAUAUUUUAUCUCAAUUAGACCGAAUUCCAUUGACUUUGCCUGGAAAACACAAACAGUUCGGGGGUGUGAAACGGAAGCGUUCUAGUGAAGAGCUCAAUUGCUUAGUAGGUACUCUUCUAAGUAUCGACGGGAAGUCAAAGGAUACCGACAAGGCGAGAAUGGAUUUGCAAGACUUGCAAAUACGACGAGAGUUGUGGUUGUAUGAAGACCGGAAUGGGAAGUGGAAGAAGCCUCCAGCUAGUUACACACUUAGUGUUCAAGAACGGAUUGAAUUUGCAGACUUCAUAAAGUCUGUACGAUUUCCUGACGGUUUUGCAGCAAACUUAGACAAAAAUGUCAAUUUGGAUACGGGCAAGAUUUCCGGGCUCAAAUCACAUGAUUGUCAUGUGUUGUUACAACGUUUACUACCGGCAGAUUUAGAAAAAAUGCAAACAAAUAUUCUAACUAUUUUGUGCAAGUUAGAAACAAUUUUUCCACCGGCCUUCUUCGACAUAAUGGUUCACGUAGUUAUGCAUCUCCCUAAAGAAGCUAUACUAGGUGGACCAGUGCAGUACAGGUGGAUGUAUCCCAUUGAGCGCUCAAUGUCUGUGUACAAGCAAUAUGUCAGGAAUCGUGCCCGUUUGGAAGGCUCUAUUGCUGAAUCUUUUGUGGUUAAUGAGGCAUUAACCUUUUGCUCAAUGUACUUUCGGGAAGUGGAAACUCGAUUCAACCGUCUGGACCGAAACAAUGACAUUGUCCAAAACAUGCCAACUCGACAAUUCUCUGUAUUUAGGCAUGUUGGCCGACCCCUCGGUAUGAGGACAGUCGACACCUUACCCAUGCAAAGCAAGCGUAAGGCGGAGUGGUACAUUUUGAACAAUUGCACAGAGGUUGAACCGUAUAUCAAUGAGCACAAGGAGUUGCUUCAAGCAAGGGGUGUAGGCAAUAUUGAGACAGUGCAAGAGACUGAGUUCCCUGAAUGGUUCAAAACUCAAAUUAAUGAACUACGGUUGAGCAACCAGGGUGCAGUGUCAGAUGAGUUGUAUGCUAUCGCUAACCCAGCGAAUACAGCAAUUUAUUUUUAUCCAGGGUGCAUAGUGAACGGUAUUAAAUUUUUGGUCAAGUUAAGGGAUGAUAACCGCAAAACACAGAAUAGCGGUGUCAUGGUCCCCGGUGAAGAUGGACAAAAUUUUUACGGCACACUUGAAAAAAUUAUGGAGUUCACUUAUUUGAAAGAUUGCAGUGUUCUCUUAUUUUUUUGUAAGUGGUUUGACACUAACGGGAGUAGAAUGGAUAGUGACGGUGUUAUUACUAGCAUCUGCGUCAACCGACAGUGGUACCAAAAUGAACCGUUCAUACUUGCAUCUCAAGCAAAAUUGAUCUACUACAUUCCUGAUUUAAAGAACGGUAAAGACUGGCUGAUUGUAAAUGAGUACAUACCGCGCAAUGUUUGGGACUUCCCGGACACGGAUGGGGAGACACCCUUUGUACAGGAAAACAAUUCAGCUGAAACCGAGUUCGUUGUUCAACUUCCACAGUUGGAUGAUGUUGACUAUGUUCGCCAUGAUGUCGACCCAACUGAAGUUGCAAACAUCCAUCGUGUGAAUUCACAGCCUCAACAAUUAGAUGAUUUCAUUGUCGAUGAUGACAACGAGGGUCUAAAUACCGAAGAAGACAACUCCUUAGAAUUAGAGAGUGACAGUGAUGAUAAUGCUGUAUAUGUAACUGAUGAUGAGGAUGAUGAAUUUAUGUCUACACCAGGUGGCAGUAGUUCGAAAAAGAAAGGCGUCAGAGGUAAAUACAAGGGCAAGAAUGUUGAGGAGGAGCUCUCCAAAACACAAUCUGCCAAGUUACCGAUUGAGGUGCACGCAGAGACUGGCACCCCCACCAAGUUUGUCCUCCCAUGA